UUCUGACUCAGUGACACUUUACAUACACUUGAAGGAAAAGAGCCUCUUUUAGCACCGUGUAAAACUCUCAUGUCAUCCCAGCCGACAGUCGGCCCAAUAUGUCAAGACCUCUGAUCACUAGAUCCCCUGCGUCUCCAUUGAACAAUCAAGGCAUCCCCACUCCAGCACAGCUCACAAAAUCCAACGCACCAGUUCACAUUGAUGUGGGUGGGCACAUGUAUACCAGCAGCCUGGCCACGCUUACAAAAUAUCCUGAUUCCAGAAUUGGCCGGCUUUUUGAUGGCACAGAGCCCAUAGUCCUCGACAGUCUCAAGCAGCAUUAUUUCAUCGACAGAGAUGGGCAGAUGUUCAGAUAUAUCUUGAAUUUUUUAAGGACAUCGAAACUCCUCAUUCCUGAUGAUUUCAAGGACUACAGUUUGUUAUAUGAAGAAGCCAAGUAUUUCCAGCUUCAGCCCAUGCUAGGAGAGAUGGAAAGGUGGAAACAGGACCGGGAGAGUGGCCGCUUCUCAAAGUCUUGUGAGUGCCUGGUGGUGCGAGUUGCCCCAGAUCUUGGAGAGAGGAUUACACUCAGUGGAGAUAAGUCAUUGAUAGAAGAAGUGUUUCCAGAAAUCGGUGACGUGAUGUGUAAUUCUGUCAAUGCUGGCUGGAAUCACGACUCAACGCAUGUCAUCCGAUUUCCGCUGAAUGGAUACUGCCACCUCAACUCAGUUCAGGUACUUGAGAGGUUACAGCAGAGAGGGUUUGAGAUUGUUGGCUCAUGUGGAGGUGGAGUGGACUCUUCCCAAUUCAGUGAAUACGUACUGAGACGAGAACUCAGAAGGACAUCUCGUGCACCCUCCGUCAUUCGAAUAAAGCAAGAGCCUCUGGACUAAAAUGGACAUGUUUCUUUAUGCAAAAAAAAAAAAAAAGAAAAAAGAAAGAAAAAAGGAAAAAAAAGAGGCAAAGAGAGAGGAAAAAAAAAAAAAAGGGGGACGUUUCAUGUGCAGUUUGGACUCCAAACAAGUCCUGGAACUAAAAUUGAAUAAUAGACACAUUUAUAUCGAAUAUAGAGACCACACCUGAAUUCAUAUGGGAACAUUUGGAAUAGUAGUAAUAAUAAUAACCUCAAGGUGUAAAAGAAAACACACACACAUAUAUAAAAUAUGUAUGUAUAUGUAUGUAUGUACAUAUAUAUAUGUAUGUAUAUGUCAAAGGGUAGGAAAUGCAACAACAAAAAAGUGGUAGGUGAGGUUGGUGCUGUGAUGGCCAUUAAGUGUCCUAGGCCUUACUCAGGCCCACCUAACGGUGUACAAGCCAUUACCAUUGGGGGAAUUUCUAGAUACUCUUCACCCGUUUUCCAUUGCCAAACACCCUUCCACUUUUUAACGUGUACACGCCUUGACUCAACUUUAUUUGCAUAUGGAGGUUUAUGUCUGUCUUUUUUAGAGGUGGAUGGGCAGGUGUUCAGGAGACGACCAUCCCUUGCAUUGGAAAGCUAGUCGACUGAAAUCUUAAGUGUAGUUUGUACAGAAGUCGCACAUUUUUUGUCUGCCCUCACAGAUGUGAAAGGUUAACUUUUCUUUUGAAUGAGUUUUUUUUUGUUGUUGUUGUUGUUUUUGUUUUGUGUUUUUUCAAAGGGGGCCAAAAUAAUUAAUAUUUGGUAGAGAUGCUCUGGUUUGAAUCUGCUGCUUUCCUACAAUUUUUUUCAAAUUUUAUAAUGUAUUAAAUACAAUAAACUGUUUAAAAUAACAAGGGUCUGGUUUAAGCCAACAGAAGCAGAGAGGUGGGAUUUAGCUCACUGCAUGCGGGAGUGAGUUAAAGGCCACAGAUGCUGUUGAGGGCUGCUGGUCUUCCUUCAGCACUGUCUUUUUGAGCUUUGUCCCCUCUUGAAGAGAGGCUGUUGGUCAGACAUAAAAAUAACACCAGCUCAGCCCUGAGAAACCCAUGAAAACGUUACACCUGGUUCUGUAACUUUCAAUGGAACAGCAAAUAGUGGCAUCCAUUCCUCUUGACUAAGGAGUCGGCAGCUUCACCUCUCCAAGGCCUUGCCCUGCUGAGUGUUAGUCAGCCUGUUUAUUUUUAAUGUUGUUCAUUUCCCUCUUUUAAAGCUAGUGGUGUUCUGCCUGGAGAGUGGGACAGUCAGCCCCUCACGUUACACUGUUGGCUGCAUUGCUUUUGAUGGCAGCCAGUAAGUCCAUGUCCUGUGAGUUCUUCUCUUGCAGAGUCUCAUUGAUGUCACCUCUGCAGUCGCCUGGUUCAGGCUGGUGAGAUUUUGCACAGGUGCCACACCACGACACCACUGCACGGACUGUUCAUGGGUUGAUGUGUUCACCACCUAAGAUGCACCAGCAACCACCACCUUUCCUCCAAAGUAUCUUUUUAUGCAAUAUUCCAGAAUAUAUGACUCUGUAUUCAUCCUAGUAUGGAAGUUUCUAUCGACGCAAUGGUGCCGGCGUUCCAUUCAUUUUUGGUGACACUUUGCUAUUUAUUUAAGAAAAGGGAAAAAAAAAGAAAAAAAAAAAAAAGGAAAUUGUUAAAUACAUGUAACAAGGUUUUUAAUAUAGUCUGAUAACUCAAAAAAAAGCUACCAUUUUUCUGGUUUUUAUUAAAAUAUGUCAUAGGGCACACUUAAGUAACACUCUGGCAGCACAUAUCAAUGGUUUUGAAAUGAUUGAAACAUUGAA